CAAAACCCCGCUGGAGGUGGUUGGCUCCGAUCGCGUGCAUGGUUUGCUUGGCUGAUGUAAGACACCAGCGCGAAGGCCUGUUACCGCCCCUCUGGCAGAGAUAAAUUAAGCGUUAUUAUUGCAAAUGCACCCUCUCUGGAUCUGCUCCCCAUGACUGUUCCGUGUGUCAAAACCACCGCUUCCACCAGGCAGCCACAAGGGCGAGACCAAUUACCGCUUUCCCCAUGGUUGCGCCAAAGCACGCAGCCAACGAGGGCUCCAAGCCGGGACCCUGGUUGAGAAAAACCUGGGGCAUCCGGCGGCACGGAGGGUGGGAACCAGAUGAGCCCCCGCCUCCACGCAUGGUGCCCACAGUCACUCCCCCGCCUUGGUCCUCCUGUGCCAAAAAAAAAAAAAAAAAAAAAAAAAAAGCCCAUCAUGCGCCCGCAGAGAGCUCUGAGGAGACACGGGAUGAAGGCAGGGUCCGCGGAGAGGUGGCAAGCUAAAUUCUGAGAAGCCGCUUCGACCCUGACCCUGGCGUCGCCCCUCCGUGGUGCAGGUAGCACCGGAGUUGCGCUCGAACGGACAGCUGCACGCCCAUCCCAGUCUCACCGAGCCUUUCUAAGAGGAAAUGCCAGGCCCGGGCGCCCCUACCCCAAGGCGGUGAUCCUGUGAAGCUCGGGCCACCUCAGGGUCCAGCGCCCUCAGGGAUGGAUGGUGUUGGCACCGAGGGAUGAGGCCGUUCCCCCUCUUUGGUGAACGGAGAAGCUCUUGGCGUAGUUCCCUCGCAGUCUUGGGGUCCCCAGGCCGUGAUGGGGUGAGCAGGGCGUGCGGCGUGGCCUGGGAUGCGAGACCAGUCCGGAGCACCCCCGCGUCAGCUGCGGGAAGCAGGGCCCGCCCGGAGAUUUAUGGCCGCAGCCGGCCCCCUGCGCACCAAGCGCGUCUCCGUCCUUUCCCAGCCAAACAGUGGAGUGGAGGACCCGACCCCGGCUGGAGGAAGAGGCCAGGGCCGGAGGCGGGGCCGAGAGGAGCUGGAAUCCAUCGGGGCUGGGCCUGGCGCAUCAGUCCCAAUUCUGCCCGCCUUGCGCCCUGGUCUCGGUGGGGUGUGGGGCGAUGGCACCGCGUCCCUGGUCUUCCAGGCAGGUUCGGGCAGCUCCCGGCUGGGUUGGCCCGGCCGCGACUUGGCGCUGUAUCGCGGCUGGGUCUGUCGCAGCGAGGGGACGGCGAACGUGGCUUUCCCGGGCACAGCCUCUCCGGGUUUUAGCCGCGCCCGCCAGACACGGGACCUGCGGAAACCGGAGCUUAAGACACCCAGCCACAAGGCCUCUGAGCGGGCAGCAGAAGCCGGCAAUCCCUCAGGGGGUGCCCUUCACCGAGAUGCCAGCGGAGAGUGGGGGGCUUCGGUCCCCGCCUGGAAAGGCGGUUGGGGCGAUGGGUGAAGUGGCUCGGGUGGCCGCGCCAAGGAAACGAUACUGGCUUUUUCUUCCCCCGCUGGGGGAAGGAUAAGGGGAGAACGUGUCCAAGCGGCCAGUAACACCAGAAUUUGGGAAGAACCGGGUUCAACGCCGAAUUGA